CAAGACCGCAUUAUCAGGAUAAAUGGUAAUGGCUAUUCAAACUUAUACAACAUGCCGUAUUUCCACCAAUGGAUCGCGUUCGAUAGAGCUGUUUCCAUCAGUUUUCACCUGAAGAAAACCACAAGUCAUGCUGGAUGCUCUCGUUAACUCAGCGUGUUUUCUUUUCAAUCAUAAAAGCGCUGAAAAACUGGCAAUAAAGAUAAACCUGGGUGUUCGAUGACCACAACUUGCUUCUCAUACAUUCAUUAAGAGUUAAAACUCUCCGUUGAUAUCCACGCUUGUGCGUCACGUUGUUUUGAAUGGAGAAAUAACGAAUCCCUGCAUUAAGCCAAACGUGAACAAUUUUACAUGCUGUUUGUUCCAGAUGCUUCAACUAUUGUUUACCUUACGCAGUUCUAUUCACCGCAAGUCGUUUGAAAGGUCGUGCGCGCAAAGUUCUAUAGCCUUUUAUUGUCUACCACGCGUCGUCUAAAUUAAAAUGCGCACUUUGAAAUUGGCAAUAUUCCAGUCAGUGCACGUAUUAACCCUGGAGUAAUCUUGUUUUUUCUUGUGUAUUUUCACUUCUUAACUUUCAUCAAAUUCUCGGCAUAAGAUCGACAUUAUUCGUUAGUCGGUUGAGAUAAAAAUCACUGAUCGACGUCAGGCAUAAUUUUGACUCAAAAAAUGAGUUAAUCGCGCGCUAUUUUCGUAUGUUUUGCGUUUGGUGUGCAGGCUCGCUGUGACAAAAAUUUGCAAUCGUUCCUGAUAGCGUCAAAUUAGUGCAUCUGUCAGACAGCGCAAACGAGAAGGAUACACGCGAUCAAAACCAAAAAUAGUCAAGAAAGAUUUAUGCUUUCAAUUUAAAAUUACUUCUGGACAUCUUAUUGACAUAAUUUUGACAAAAGUACGUUCACGACGAAAUCAUCGUUCUCUGAAAUUUCCUUUUAGCGUCAUUUCUAGUUCGAUUUCUCCCUCCCUUGCGAGUGUUUUCCAACGCAUUUGUCAAUAAUUAUGGUGAUUACGGAUCGUAAAAUAAAGGGCCAUUUAACAUUAUGACCCUGGUAAAUUGGUGCGUUUGUUUACGCACUGAUAAAAUUGACAGAAUAGCCGUAUGGGUGCAAAGAUAAGAGCUACGUUAAAACAAAAAACAUGUUGGAAAAUUUUUUUGACCUUACGUACGCGGUCGUUUUGCAUAGCGUUUGGAAGAGUUGUGACGCCUAAACCCUGUCUAGUGUGCUCAAAUAUCAUUGUAAUCCUCUCUUACCUAAAUAUUUGCAAUUUAAAAGUGAUCAAAGUUCGAUAUAAUCCUUUGCGCGCAUAACAACUUGCCGCCCUUUUUCUAUAAGAACUAAUUGUCCGUCCCAUGCUCUUGUGAAAUUUAAUCAGGCACUGAUAAGAGUUCAUUCGACAGAUGGUCUUAGGAAAUAGGCCACGUCCCAGAUAAUCAAGGUUCAUUAAUAAGAACACAACGGCCACGAGCUAGCAGCUUUCGCGUCAGAUAAGGGAGAACUGUGGACGUAUAACAAUCGCGUGAUGGCAUUUUCUGCUUGUUUUAUCGCCCUCUUGGUAGAAAUCGCGCUGACAAGCUUGGUGCUGGCAAGAAGCAGCAGUGAUUGCGAGCAGGUUUGUAAUGCGAAGGACUUCAGUCGUCAAGUUUGUGGCUCUGAUGGAGAAACAUAUCAGAGCAAAUGCGUAUUAAGAUUGAAAAAAUGCACAACCGGAAAGAAACUUUACGUUGAAUAUGAAGGAGCAUGUCGAGCUCCACCCUCCUGUUCAGAGGACCGAAAACGUGUUUUGAAAAGCAUCAAAGAUCGACAGCUAUUACGUAUUGGUAUCUAUAUCCCAGAAUGUGAUGCUGAUGGAUCUUAUUCCGAAGUGCAGUGCAGUGUCAAUAGACGUCUUUGUUGGUGUGUUAAUAAAUAUGGUGUCGAGGUUGAUGAUACGAGAGUCGCUGGAAAAAGACCUGACUGCCGUUUCCGAAGAGGUAUUCACCAAUCCAACGAGAGAUACCCGUCUAACGAGAGAUUUACCAGAAUAUUAAAAGGUUGUUCAAAGGAUAAUAGAAUUAGCUUCAACAAGAAAGUGAUGGCAAGUUUUAAAAAGGAAAUGGCUGGAAGAAGAGGUAAACUAAAUGCCAAAGGUAUCGCAGAAUGGAAAAUAAGUGAAUUAGACGCAGACAACAACGGCUUUCUGAGCCAUAGAGAAUUGCGAACACUCAUUAAAAGAUUAAAGAGAGCUUAUUCACCUAGAAAGUGUGGGAAGACUUUCUUUUACUUUUGUGAUGAAAAUCAAGAUUAUAAAGUGUCCAAAAAAGAGUGGCUGGUUUGCUUAGGCAUUCGUGAAACUCAAGGAUGGCUGUACAAUCAGAGUUUUCCAUUUCUCGCCACAGAUACACCUCAAUGCUUCAACCAGAAAGCGAGGGCUAGGAAGCAACAAACCAAAAACCCAUCUACAACUGUAUUUAUACCUCAGUGCAACAAAGACGGAACUUACAAAACUGUACAAUGCGAGCUUGUUUCAAAAUACUGUUGGUGUGUUCAUUCUGUCACCGGAAGAAAUAUUCCUAACACUUCUGUUCAAAAUGCUCAACCAGAUUGUUCUAAACCAACCCGCAGGAUCAGACCUGCGACCAGUUCACCUCAAUCCCAUUCGAUAAAAAGAUUGUCGCAAAGAAGAACAUCUCCGCCUAAAUCAGACAGGCACUCCGUACGAAAUGUCAAAGUUAGAGAGUGCGAUGACACUUCUUGGCAAAAAUUUUGUGAAGAACUUCUCAAAAUGCUUCGUACAGAGAUGGAAACGUUGACAAAGCCUGCAUUAGAAGGUAAUUCUACCCUACCAAGUGGGAACGGACAGAAUCUGUUUUGGGCGCUGUCUCGUCGAUUACCUGAUGCCAUGAUUACCGCCUGGAAAUUUUCCCAACUCGAUGUUGACAAGGACAGUUUGAUGGUCAACGAUGAGCUCUUUUCGUCUCACAUGAAGAAAACCUUUGGCCAAAUAAGACGUGGUAGAAAAUGCAGCAAGAAGCUUGCGGUGUUUUGUGAUUUUGAUCGUAAUGGUGGACUGUCUUUGGAUGAGUGGCGUAGAUGUCUUGGCAACCGAACUUCUCGAACUCCCGGCAGAGGUUUUAUUUUAGGUUAAAAAAGAUAAAGUUAUCUCUGGUGAAUGUGAGUAAAGGUCAAAUGCCUCUUCCAAGACACUUGAAGAAAUAUAUAUUUGAUAAGGUUUGAAUGUUCAGCGAAUUCAUUUUUGGUCGCGAAGCAAACCAGUUUUGGAUAAAACUAAUAAUUUAUAAUACCUUCAACACGAACAACUGUCAAAUGUUGGGAAUCCUCCAUUUUAUGACUAUGUAAAUGUAAAUAUAUAUUCCCCCUAAAGUAUAUCGUAAUAACUUUCUGUGUAUAUUACAUAAAUUGAUAUUAUAUUAAUAGAUUUAUAAUUUUUAUAAAAGAAA